GCGGCCUCAGCGCUGCGCUCGGGGAUCAGCUGGCGGGCGGGCGCCUAAGUGGCCCCGGCUCUGCGGCAGCGCCGCCUCCUCCGCGUCGCAGGCCGGCGGCCGUGGCCAUGUCGCGGGGCUGGUAGCUGGGCUUGGCGCCGAGCCGCCGCUAGUUUAAACUUAAACGAUCGUUCUGCGAGGAGGAGGGGACCCAUCGCGCGAUUGACAGUAUAUUCCUGCAGGCGCCGUCCCUUAGCCCCCACCCCACGGCCGGAUUCCCGUGGCUCUGCUCCGGGCUGAAACCUGAGAAGAAAUCCUUAGAUCUCUUUUCUUUACAACAAAUACGAACCGAGAAACCAUCGGCAUUUUGCCUUGGCGUUUCCUAUUGGAAAGAUGAAGAAGUUUUUCGACUCCAGGCGGGAGCAGGGCAGCUCUGGCCUGGGCUCAGGCUCCAGCGGAGGAGGGGGCAGCAGCUCAGGCCUGGGCAGUGGCUACAUCGGAAGGGUCUUUGGCAUCGGGCGGCAGCAGGUCACCGUGGACGAGGUGCUGGCGGAAGGUGGAUUUGCUCUUGUCUUUCUGGUGAGAACAAGCAAUGGGGUGAAAUGUGCCUUGAAACGUAUGUUUGUCAACAAUGAGCAUGAUCUCCAGGUGUGCAAGAGGGAAAUUCAGAUCAUGAGGGACCUAUCAGGGCACAAGAACAUUGUGGGCUACAUUGAUUCUAGUAUCAACAAUGUAAGCAGUGGCGACGUAUGGGAAGUUCUCAUUCUCAUGGACUUCUGCAGAGGAGGCCAGGUGGUAAACCUGAUGAACCAGCGUCUACAAACAGGCUUUACAGAGAAUGAAGUACUGCAAAUAUUCUGUGACACCUGUGAGGCUGUUGCCCGGCUACAUCAGUGCAAAACUCCUAUUAUCCAUCGGGACCUGAAGGUUGAAAAUAUCCUCUUGCAUGACCGAGGCCACUAUGUCUUGUGUGACUUUGGAAGUGCCACCAACAAAUUCCAGAACCCACAGGCCGAGGGAGUCAAUGCAGUAGAAGAUGAGAUUAAGAAAUACACAACGCUGUCCUAUCGAGCCCCAGAAAUGGUCAACUUGUACAGUGGCAAAAUCAUCACUACAAAGGCAGACAUUUGGGCUCUUGGAUGUUUGUUGUAUAAAUUAUGCUACUUCACUUUGCCAUUUGGGGAGAGCCAGGUGGCAAUUUGUGAUGGAAGCUUCACAAUUCCCGAUAAUUCCCGAUAUUCUCAAGACAUGCACUGCCUUAUUAGGUAUAUGUUGGAACCAGACCCUGACAAAAGGCCAGAUAUUUACCAGGUUUCUUACUUCUCGUUUAAACUGCUCAAGAAAGAAUGCCCAGUUCCAAAUGUACAGAACUCUCCCAUUCCUGCAAAACUUCCUGAACCAGUGAAAGCCAGUGAGGCAGCUGUAAAGAAGACCCAGCCAAAGGCCAGACUGACAGAUCCCAUUCCCACCACAGAGACUUCAAUCGCUCCACGCCAGAGACCUAAGGCUGGGCAGACUCAGCCAAACCCAGGAAUCCUUCCCAUUCAGCCAGCCCUGACUCCUCGUAAGAGGGCCACUGUCCAGCCCCUACCUCAGGCCGCAGGACCCAGCAAUCAGCCUGGCCUUCUAGCCAGUGUUCCCCAAUCUAAAGCCCAACCUGCACCCAGUCAACCUCUUCAACAAUCUCAGCCCAAGCAGCCGCAAGCUCCACCCACCCCACAGCAAACACCUUCUACCCAGCCCCAAGGUCUGCCUCCCCAGGCCCAGGCCACUCCCCAGCACCAGCAGCAGCUCCUCCUCAAGCAGCAGCAGCAGCAGCAACAGCAGCAGCAGCCACAGCAGCAGCAGACAGCACCACAGCAGCCAGCAGGCACCUUUUACCAGCAGCAGCAGCAGGCACAGACACAGCCGUUUCAGGCAGGACAUCCAACAGCCCAGCAACCAGUUCCUGCUCAGUUCCCUGUGGUGUCCCAGGGAGGCUCUCAGCAGCAGCUGAUACAGAACUUCUACCAGCAGCAGCAGCAACAGCAGCUGAUGACUCAGCAGGCUGCCCUGCAGCAGAAGACUGCUGUGGUAGUACCACAGCCUCAGGCACAGUCAGCCACUGCCGCACAGCCAGCUGCUGCCCAGGAACCUGCGCAGAUUCAAGCUCCAGCAAGACAACAGCCAAAGGUUCAGACAACUCCACCUCCAACCAUCCAGGGUCAGAAAGUUGGAUCUCUCACUCCUCCAUCAUCCCCCAAAACCCAACGUGCUGGGCACAGGAGGAUUCUCAGCGAUGUAACACACAGUGCAGUCUUUGGGGUUCCUGCCAGCAAAUCAACCCAGCUGCUCCAGGCUGCUGCAGCUGAGGCCAGUCUUAAUAAAUCUAAUUUCUUGUCCCUCACCCUUGGGGGAAACUUUCCCAGGUCUGCAACCACCACUCCCUCAGGCUCUCCACGGACCUCACAGCAGAAUGUCUCCAGUGCUUCAGAAGGUUCAACAUGGAACCCUUUUGAUGAUGACAACUUCUCCAAACUCACAGCUGAAGAGUUGCUGAACAAGGACUUUGCCAAGCUUGGGGAAGGAAAGCUUCCUGAGAAGCUUGGUGGCUCCGCAGAGAGUUUGAUCCCAGGCUUCCAGUCAACGCAAGGAGAUGCUUUUGCCACGUCCUCAUUUUCUGCUGGAACUGCUGAAAAAAGGAAGGGUGGGCAGGCUGUGGACUCUGGCAUCCCACUUCUAAGUGUGUCUGAUCCUUUCAUUCCUCUUCAAGUACCUGAUGCUCCAGAAAAACUAAUCGAGGGACUCAAAUCUCCUGAUACUUCUCUUCUGCUCCCUGACCUCUUGCCUAUGACAGAUCCUUUCGGCAGCACCUCUGAUGCUGUGAUUGAAAAGGCUGAUGUUGCUGUUGAGAGUCUCAUACCUGGACUGGAGCCGCCUGUUGCUCAGCGCCUCCCAUCUCAGACGGAGUCUGUGACCUCAAACCGCACAGACUCUCUCACUGGGGACGACUCCCUGCUUGACUGCUCUCUGCUCUCUAACCCCACUGCUGACCUUCUGGAAGAGUUCGCUCCCAUAGCACUCUCUGCUCCCACUCACAAAGCUGCAGAAGAUAGUAAUCUCAUCUCAGGUUUCGGUGUCGCUGAGGGCUCGGAAAAGGUGGCAGAAGAUGAGUUUGACCCUAUUCCUGUACUGAUAACCAAAAACACACAAGGUCUCCAGAGAGAGCCCAGUCCUUGUCCUGUAAUUACUGUAGAGCACUUUAAAGAACCCGUGGGUGUCAAAGGCCUCGCCCUCUAUCCAGAUCCCUGCAGAGUUCCUGGAACAAAGACCCAGAACACCUUAGAAUCUGACUCCCUGGCCCGAGAAGGCCCUUCCAGCAAUAGCUCCUUCCACAGCAGUGAGGAGGAGGGCACCGACCUGGAGGGGGACAUGUUGGACUGCAGCGGGUCUCGGCCUCUCCUUCUGGAGUCUGAAGAGGAGGAUGAGAGCUGCAGGCCUCCCCAGGAGAAGCUGCGAGAAGCCACUCUGUUCUCUGAACCUGGGGUGUCUGCUAAGCCAGAAAAGGGGGGACAAGGCGGGGAAAAGAGCCAGUUCUUGCCAAUCAGCCAGCAGGCCUCAGAUGGCCUCGGGGAGCCUGAUGUCUUUGCCACAGCCCCCUUCAGGAGCUCGCUGGUUCCAGCAGAUGACGUGGACAUUUUCUCCAAAGCCCCUUUUGUAUCCAAGGGCAGUGUAGCUCCUUCCCAGACAGAGGAGGUGGACGUGUUCUCCAGAGCUCCUUUUACCAAGAAGAGGAGUGUGGAGGAGUUACUGGCGGUGCAGGGCUCCUCACAGGAUUUGCCAGUGCAGGCUGGCCUCAGUCAGCCUGGUGAAGGGCCCCUGCUUCCAGGCCGUGAUAGAGCCAUGUACACGCCUGCCCAGACACAGUAUCCUGUGGCUGCCUUUGUGCAGCAGGCCGGUCUCCCCUCCCACUCUGUCCAGGUGGCAGACCAUUUUGACAGCAGCUCUCCCAGAGGUUCUCCCAUGGAAUCUGGGAGUCAUCCUAGUGACAGAAACAGAGGCCUGCAGCCCCAGAAAGAAGCCUUUUCCGGGCCAGUAGCUGGCAAGCCAUUCCGCCCCCAGGCUUUAUCCAAAUAUUCCCGACACUAUAGUCCAGAUGAUGAGUCAAGUCCAGAAGCCCAGCCCAUCGCUGCCUACAAGAUUGUUUCGCAAAGCAAUAAGCAGUUGCUGGCUGGCUCUGUAUCUGUCUCGUCUCUGUCCUCCAGGACUACAGAGCUGCCCGCUGCUGAUCCUUUUGCUUUAGCACCCUUUCCUUCAAAAGCAGGCAAACAGAAACCCUAGGAGCAGAGGCCAGCCUGAGGUCUGCCUCCACCACCCCACCAGCACCCAUCACACCACUCCUGGCAGGCCUUCCAGGGAGUAUCCACUGUGACCUUGUAGUUCACUGCCUCAGAGCAGAACCACUUCAAGGCAACUAGCAAGGUUGCUCUUUAUGUUACACUUCCUUUUUUUUUUUUUUUUUUUUUGUUAAUACUCUUUUCUGGACUUAUAGGUAUUUCUGGUCCUUUAUACAGGCCUUCCACCUGCACUCAGAACUCUGGUUCUUUCCUGCCCAGAAACCUUUUUAAUCAAGGAAUAUGUUACCCACAGUUACCAUGGGUUGUAUUACACCACGACUUUGAAUUCCCUCCAGGACUCGACAAUACUCUUGGAACAGAGAGAUUUCUAGAAAAAAAAAAAGCAAUAUAAACCUACUGCACAUCUGAAGAAGUUAAUCCUUCGGCCGCUCAUCAUUCAUUCCUGUGGAGUCAGCAGCUCUCAAAGGAUUCUGGGAUCUCUCACUGAUUCCUUAUGAGCCCAGCUGACCCUUGUGCACAAGUGUCUGGGUGCAUGAUGUGGCUCAGAUUCUCUGUCUUGUAAAAGAGCACACAGGUGGGAAAAGCUUAGUCUGCCUUCCCAUGGUCCACUUUUUAGACUAGUAAGGAUACAUGCGUAUGCGUGCAUACAAGAAACCUUUUCCUUUGAGUGAAACCACCAUGCCUACCUCCAUUAUCAAAUCAUUUUCUUGUGUUUGCCUGUUGACCUGACUUGAACCUUGGCUUUAUUUGGAUGUUUUCCUCAUGGUAAAAUUGAAUUUGUUGGACCAUAUGGAGCAAUCCUGUUGGAACUGAGGUUUCAGGGUGGAUUUUUAAAAUUCCAUUUACUUGGUUUUGAAAACUCACAUUUUCAAAACUGGACAUAGUAGCUCAUACUUGUAGCUCUUGGGAAACUGAGACAGGAGGAUUGCCACACGUUAGAGGCUAGCCUGGACUUAAUACUGAAUUCCAAGCCACCAUAUCCCAACACUCUUUCCUCCCAUCCAAAAAAGUCACCGGCCCUUCUGUUUUCCCCUGGCAACAGGGGAAGAAUGUCUUUAGUGUCUUUAGCACUCCAGUCACUGGGAAUCCUUCCUGGGUACCAUUAUUAUGAAAUUCAUUAAUCGGGAACCUAAGCUACAAGCCAGGUUUGCCUGCUGUCCCCUGCACCCUCCCCCCUCUUCCCAUACAAGUCUGUUGCCUCUUGAGUGGGUACAAACCUGAUAACUAGAAGUAAGUUGCAAAUGAAAAAGAACUGGUCAGCUGUCCUUACGUAUCUGUUAGUUGUCUCAGAUGUUAAAGUAGAAUAGACAGGUGACUGGUUGUGUUUUCAGAAGUGUGUUUUUAUUUCUGGAAAGCUCUGACUCAUUCCUAGUGUUCUCAUACCCUUCAUUUUUAGUGCCUUAAAAGAAAACCCAUGACUCUACGGGGAGGUUUCUGCUGAGGAAGUUGAGUUUAAUGGGAAGAGUCUGCACCAAACUCUGUGCACUCUUACAGCUUCUAGCACACAGUUCCUCCACGUGCUUGGAAAAGUUGAGAGAGUUGUGCACCAGACUAGAUUAGUGAUAUAAAAAUUACUAGAAGCCAGGCAUGGUAGCACACUCCUGUAAGCAGGGCACUUAGGAGGUGCAGGAAGAAGGGGUUCAAGGCCAGCCUAGACUCCACGAGACACUGUCCCAAAAAAAUAAAAGAAUUACUUAAAAUUCAUCCAGUGAUGAAGCCUAAAUGCCAGGCUGCACUUGCACUCAAUUAGUUGUGAUGUCCUAAGUUUGAAAGUCAGGAUUUUGGUGUACAACUCAGUAGAAAAAUACAUGCUUUGUAUGCACCAUGCCCUGGGUUCUGUCCUCGGCACACACAAAAAAUGAUAAAACCCAGGACUCUUGACAGUAACAUAAGAAUGGUUACUUUUUGCCUGCUGUGACAAGCAUCUUAAUCCCAGAACAUGUAAGGCAGAAACAAGUGGAUUCGUAUGAGUUUGAGGCCAGCCUUGUGUACAUAGCAAGUUCCAGGACAGUCAGUGAGUGAAAGCCUGUCUUAGAAGGGAAAAAGGAACCUAUUUUCAGUACUUUUCUUUUUGGUAUUCUCCACCUGUUUAAAUAACAGACAUAUGUCAGUGCCACCUCCCCCAGCAGUGGUUGCCUGGUGAGGGCCCCUCCCCACCAGAAACCUGACUUUCACUUCAGUAAAGGCUAACUAUUCUCUCUAGGAAUUUGAUUUCUCACAGUUAUUAUUUUUGAAUUCUUUUAUACUAGUGGAUACAAACUGGUCUUUCUGUUAAAUGAGUAGUUUGGAACUUCGCAACCAAACUUCCCAUGCUUGUUGUCAGGUGAAGUCCUCCAAGUCAUGCAGAAAGGAUGGGAAUGUUCAGAGUCCUCCCUUGAGGUCACAAGCUCUUGCCAGAUUGCCGCAUAUACCUGUAGUCCCAGCUUCUUAGAAGGCUGGGCAGAAGGACAGCUUGAGCCCAGGAUCUCAAGGCCAGCUUUGGCAACAUACAAGAACCUAUCUCCUGAAUAGAAAUUUGAGAAUGCAAGGUCAACAUCAGCUAUGUAACAGCGCUGCAAAAUGCUCUAACUUUGAUCACUGUAUCACUCCAUCUAAUCAAACAGUCAUUUUAAUUCACAAGGUUCAAAUGAGGAUAAAAUCGUGGACUCGUUAUUUUAUAUAGUUGAAUCAUUUGGGCUUUAGGGCCUUUUUUUAAUCUACUGAGUGGAAAGUCUACCUACCAUCUUUGAAUAGGAAUGAAUGUGGCCACAUGCAGAUUUUUUUUAACGUAGCAGUUUGUGAAGGAAAUCUGACAAGAGACUAGCCGACAGAUGAGCUCUGAAGGAGGUGCUGUGGAAGAGUGUGGGUGACAGGAUCAGUGGGUGAUUUAAGAUCCGGGGUCCUGGUUGGAUGCCAUCCUGCGUGGACAUACGGAAAAGUUGUUUUAUGGGGAAUUAAGAGUGCUGAAAGUCUAUGAAUCAAAUGCAGGUUCCCAGUGACCAUACUCUAAUAGCUUAAUAAUAAGGAAGAGGGAGCAUUGUCAACAAAGUGCUGUGCUUUGUUUUCAUUUCUGCUAUGUGUUAGUCGCUUUGUAUAUUUCAUAGGAAACACAGGAAACUGAACUUUUGACUCUGUAGAAAGAGGUAAGUUGGAAUAUCCUUAGACAAAGCCUUAAGCCUAUCAUGUACUAAUGAACUCCUAAGUGAUGUGCUAGGCUGGGGGCGUAGCUCAGAGAGGGAACUUGGCAUAAGUGAGGCCUGAGUUCUUCCAUGUUAGCUGACUAAUGAGCACUGUUAACAGAAUUAACUUCUGUGUGAUGGAAAACGUCUCACCAAUUUCUUAGGCUUACAAUGCAGCUCUUUAGCACCAAAACAAAUGAAAUAAAAUAAUGAAAUGAAUAUCUGUGGCAGGAACACCUAAGAACCCAAUACUUGGGAGGCUGAGGCAAAAGCAUUAUGAGUUCAAGACCAGCCUGGGCAGCUUAGCAAGCUCUUAAUAUUGAAAUUUCAAGAAGGUUGGUUUUGUAUUUAGGUGGUAGAAUGCUUACCUAGCAUAUGCAACCACUGGAUUUAAUUAACUCUGGUACUGGGAGACAGAUGGUUCCAUCACGAGCAAUGUAGUCAAGAAAGUGAACAGAAGUUGGUGCUGAAAUGCAGAUUUUAGUUCAUACAGGCUGUCUUGGUUCACUUGUGGGAUUGAAGGCCUAGGUACCGUUGCAUGUCCCAGCGUGUGUGUGUGUGUGUGUGUGUGUGUGUGUGUGUGUGUGUGUGUGCGCGCGUGAUACACACACACAGAGUCUCCUACUCACUAACCCAUGUUGUGUCUCCGUUUCAUGUGGCAACUGAGAUCUUCUAGACGUUCAAACAAUGCUGUCUUACUGACCUGUUGUGUAUUUCUUCCAUGUUGGACCAUGUGCUUGUCAGUGUUGUCGGCUUCUCUUCACUGGUGCAUAAAGUAUUAGGGUGGUCUGAUGAUAAGAAUUGCUCUGUAAAUGAAAAUAAUCAAAACAUGUAUCAAAUUGUAUGAUAUGUAUACCUUACUUAAAUAGGAAACUUAAGUGGAAAGCUCUCCAGCAGGAACAAGGCAACUUCUGUGGAGGCCAUUUGGGUCCCUCAAAUGUAAAAAGAUGUUGCUCCCUGCUGUGUCUUUGGAUUUCAAACUUGAGAACACAUCCCAGUGAAGUUCAAAACAGCUGCUGGUCAUGGUAUUUUUAUCAGAGGCAAACAAACUUUGAUGAGAGGUAGUUUGCAGGGGUGCAGUGGUAGAAGGCAGGAGCAUCUUGCCACUUUCCGAGGCCACCCUGCUUCCUAGUCCUGUGGUGCUUGCCUAAGAGAGUAAACUGGAUUGUCAGUGAAAUUAUGUCUUUGUCAAUCAAUCUUCGUUUUGUUGUAACCACCAGAACAUUUGAAAACUUAAUAAAAAUUUCACAAAAGGUUUCAAAAUGUUUAAAAAUAAAAUGUAGUGUCUAGUUGUAAAUUGUUUUUGUUUUGUCCCCAGAGGUCUUUGUGACCCCUCCCUCAUUCCUGCUCCCCCUUAAUUUCCUCCCUCAACAUUCUCCUGUUUUGUCCACACCAAUAAGUGGGUAGUGAACUGUCGUACUAAAUUGUUUCCCUUGCUACUGUAAAAUUUCAUUUUAGGAUUCAGGCCAGCCUUGACAAUCUAACAAUUCCCCUAGAAUAAAGGACAGAAGAGGGUGGGCAGGACCCAGCUUUCCUCUUUGGGGGUGUAACCCAGAGGGCACUCUCCACCCUGAUCCCUACAUGGCUCUAGAAUGAGUAUAUAUGUUUGAGGACUCUAGAACAGCAAAAAUAGCUAAGUGCUGGCCAGGGAGGCCCUUCCUGUAAUGAAGCAAGAGGUUCUCUGGAAGUUCAGGGCCUGCUUGGGCUACAUAACAAGACCUUGUCUCCACACACGCACGCAUGCACACACACACACACACACACACGCCCACGCACACACACAAAAUGCUAAAUAUUAGCUACAUAACAAGAUCUUGUCUCCACACACACGCACACACACACGCGCACACACAAAAUGCUAAAUAUUAGCUACAUAUGGCUUAGGCCAAAGUUUCUGUAACUUGUAAUUCCAUGCGUUUUGUCAGCUGUAUUUCAGCAACCUCUAACUUAGGAAAGUGUUACACAGUUGUGAGUACAUUGUAAACAUUACCUGUGCUGCCUUGUGGUAAGAAGAACCAAGGAGAUCAGAUUCCCUUGGCAAGGAAUUUCAGAACGGAGUUUUCAACAGCCGUAAGGAUAGGUCAGGGUUGGCUGUGUGAGGACCCACAUACUGUCUCUAGUACCUUCACGCUGAGGUAAUGGGAGACAGUAAAAUCUUUCCCUUCAGAAAUCAUGAGCCUGCUGUGUUCUGCAAGUCUACCAAAGAUUCUUGUGUGAAGAGUGUUAGCGUCCGUGUGCGUGUACAUGCAUCCCCCUGCUUCCUUGUGUUAACUCUAGCCCUUCCGGUUAGUCACAUAAAGAGGCCUGGGAGGGGCCACAGGCAGCUGGCACCAGUAACUCACUCCCCUUUGCCCAAACCUCUGAAUUUAGCAUCAGAGUUGCUUGCAUCUGUGGUGAGGGACUUGACUAGCCAUUGCUUCUGCCGCCUUCCCACGUAAGCGCCUUCCUGUGGGUGGCACUGGGAGGACAGUGGUGACUGGCACCACAGGGCCUGAAGAUACUGUUUUGAGUGGAGCAUUUGAUGUCAUUUUUUAGGGAACAGAAACCAAAUAACAGAGGCCAAGGACCAUGCAUAUUUCCAGGAGGGAAGGUGAGCACCCUCUGCUGGCAGUGUUUGGAGUUGACUGAGUGAGGAUCUGUGCACAGCCUGGGAGGAGUGCUGAGGUCAGCAGGCCUCGGGACUCCUUAACAUGCAAACAAUCUUGGGGAAGCCAGAAGGUCACUCCUACCAGUUUUGCGAUACCUUUCAUUGCAGGCUGUUGGAUUUAUGUUGUUGAUUCUGGAUGUGAUCUAUCUUAAGUAUCUGAUAGUUUUUAUGGAUAAUUGUUUGGGUUGUAAACUCCUAUACUCUUUAUUAAAAUGAACCUAAUUAAGUGA